GUCACUUGCUCAUCGAGGGACUUUCGAAAACGUGAACUGUGUGUGGAGGUCGUUACCGGCUAGAGAAGUUAUUUUCUGUUUAUCUCACUUGAAUUGAGGAUGAGUUCUACUGCCGUAAACGAUGAGAAUCGUGGAGUCUGCACUGGAAGAAAGCAGAGCAAUUCAGAGACCAUUUGUGACAUAUUUUCUUUUGAUCAGCCGACUGGGAGGCCCUCCAUUCUUCGCCAGUCUCAGGCAGAGAACCUGUCAAACAAAACUAUAGCAAAGGGCGGAAAGGUUUGUUUUCAGACUCCAAGAAGAGACCCUCUCACUAAGAGAAUAGUAUCACCAACAAAGUCCCUUAAGAUAGAAAGCCUGGAUGACUGUAGUAAAGCCCUGGAUACAAUACAGUUUACAUCACCCGAAGAGGUGGUACCUCUAGAAACCAAUGGGCUUGUUGAUGUAGCAAAAUCAGACUUCACAGAUGUGUUGUCCUAUCCUGAUGAUAUGCAGAGUAAAGGCAUCAAUCCCUUCCAAGGGUCUACUAAAAUGGUCCUCUCCCCAGCAAGGCUCAGUGAGCUAGUUGAAACUCCCAAGGCUGAAGAACAGCGUGAACGUAAUGUCAGUGAAGCAGUUUCUGACAGGAAUGAAAAGGCACUGGAUGAUACACUCCUGUUCAUGCCAUCAGUGGAAAAUUAUCUUGCUGACUUCUCAGCCGAUAUGUGCUCAACAGAUAGCAGGGUGAUUACCAUGUUGAAGGACCCAGCCGACAAGUUAUCCAACUCUGGUGAGGAAGAAACUGUACCAUCAGUUAACCUCGACCCAGAUCAAGCUGUGGCUAUCAUCUCUACAGCCGAGGAGACUCCUCUGCCACCAAAAGGUACAUAUGAAUUUGAUUUUGACAACCUUGAUUCAGUCAACCCUUUCCAAACGGGAGGCUCCAAAUUGCAGAAUUCCCCUAUGCUUGGAAGGAAGCUACCAUGCGAUGACCCUGAAAAGGUGGAAGUUGAAGAGCCUGCAGUAAAGGAAAUGGAACCAGCAGCCAUGCUUGAGGUGGUUCAGCCUGUCCUAGAAGCACCUGUCCAGACAGAAAUUAAACCUAUUGCACCGAAGGAGACUUCCAAGCCAGCUGAAGAUGCUGUGGCCAUCACCUCUACAGCCGAGGAGACUGCUCUGCCGCCAAAAGGUACAUAUGAAUUUGAUUUUGACAACCUUGAUUCAGUCAACCCUUUCCAAACGGGAGGCUCCAAAUUGCAGAAUUCCCCUAUGCUUGGAAGGAAGCGGCCAUGCGAUGACCCUGAAAAGGUGGAAGUUGAAGAGCCUGCAGUAAAGGAAAUGGAACCAGCAGCCAUGCUUGAGGUGGUUCAGCCUGUCCUAGAGGCACCUGUCCAGCCAGAGAUGAACCCUAUUGCACCAUUGUCAACUGCUCCCGAAGAGACCAGCAAGCCAGCUGAAGAAUCCAUACCUCAGCCCAGUGCAGCCCCUUCCAAGGAUGGUGCAGUGAAACUUGAGUUAAAUUUUGAUGACGGCGAGGUCAACCCUCCCCCAAAAAAGUUUGACAAAAGGCCUGUUUCGAAGCAGACAUGGAAAAAGGCUGUACCUACAGAAAAAAAAGAACCUGCUCAAUCCAAGGAAUCUCCAGUGAAGCCAUUGGUCAAUACUGAUUAUGAAAUUCCUCUUCCCAAGGGCAAGUACAACUUUGACUUUGAUAAAUUUGACCCAAGUGUCAAUCCAUUUGGGACAAAUGUAAAAAUGACUGAAUCUACAGUCUAUAAGGUGAAAUCCAGUCCAGAUGCCAAGGCACCAACCUCAGUCAGGGUGGCUGUCUACCCUGAGAAAGUGGCAGAGCCUGUUCAGCAAGAAACUGCACCAUCACUAAUUGUUUCUAUUGCUGGAUAUGAACCUGAUCGUUCUGCCGUAAAAGGAAUUGACAACAUUUCACAGAAUCUGACGCUUCAGAUGGACUCUUCUGAAGUUCAGGAUCCUUCCUCUGGAAAAGAGCAGGAACCUCCAACUAAACCUGACCAACCUUCGCUAAGCACUCCAGAACCCUUGGAACUCUGCCAAUUUGAACAGACCCCACAGAAUGACAUGUCAGAAUUUAAUGAGGACUUUGUUCCUGGAACCACAUUCAUGGCGAAUGACUUUGACAGGCAGAUGGACUACCUGGAGCAGUUUGGGUCCAGCACUUUUAAGGAGUCGGCACUGAGAAAACAAUCACUGUACCUCAAAUUUGACCCACUAAUGCGGGAGAGCCCCAAUAAGUCUGGAGUCCGUGCAGGACUCAACAACCUCUCACGACCUGCUCCCUUUGCUUCACGUGUGGAGACCCAGAAGACUGGAACCGAUGAGGUGAAUGGACUGAAAUCUGUCAACCCUAAACUGCUUCAUGACCUACCACCUGUUCAAGUUGUUGGUCCUCGGACUCUUGUGACGAAUUCCCCUGUUCUUGAGAAUCUGGUCCCUACCUUCCCCCAACCAGCCAACCCUGAUGAUAACAUCAUAGAGGUGCUGAAAUACAGUCAGCAAGACAUGAAUGUUGCCAUUGCCAAGAUCCAGAAACAAGCAAAGGAGAAUGCGGAUGAAUGGAAAUCGAAUUAUGACACGCUAUCUCAGGAUAAUCAUGAAAUGGGGAAAAUCAUGUCAGCAUUUGAAGCCACAAUCGCUCAGAUAUUGGCUGAUAAACAGAGGGAGAUGGAGAAGGCCCAGGCUGACAUCACUAAAGUCCUGCAGGAGAAGGAACAGUUAUCAGAGGACCUGAAUGCAAUGGAGCGGUCCUUCUCAGAUCUCUUCAAGAGACUAGACAAAUACAAAGAGGUCAUCGAGGGUUACAUAAAGAAUGAAGAGAUGCUGAAGAAAUGUGCUCAAGAUUACCUGGCUAGGAUCAAGGAGGAGGAGCAGCGCUACCAGACCCUGAAAGCCCAUGCAGAGCAGAAAAUUAGCCUGGCAAAUGGAGAGAUUGCGGAGGUGCGCUCCAAAUUAAAGUCUGAAGUCGCUGCACUUCAGGCCCAGCUGCGCAGGGAGCAGCUAAAGGCCCAGUCACUGGAGAAGAGCCUUGACCAGAAAGUAAAAGAGACUGAAGAACUCACCAACCUUUGCGAUGAACUAAUAGCUAAAGUCCAGAAGGGCUGAGUUCAACUGUCUGUCUGUCGUUGUUGUUAGCUCAAGAUUUUUUACAAAUUUGAGUAUGUGGUGGUCCUGAUGAACAAGUGUGAAUAGUGCUUUGUAAAUAUGUUUUGUCGCUCUUGAUUGGAGAUCAAGUGCCAUAGUAUUUCACUAGAUUUCAAUUCUACUGAUUCAUGAUGGGUCCUUUUAUCAAUGUUGGUCUUUAUUACUGUAAUAAAAUUGUUUCACUAAUCAAGA